GGUGGUAACCUGAGUGUCCUGUCACCUGGCUGGUUCCCCCUUUCCCCCUCCCCAUGAGUACUUUCCAGGUGACAGAGGGGGGUUUGCAGUUUCCUGCCCCCAGAGGGAAGAGCUGAUCAUUGUCCUUUGUUCCAGUCCGUGUUGAAUCCACUCCCAUAUGCAGGUUCUUUGUGAUCUUGAUGGUCUUCUGUCUAGGACCAUCAGGGAUGGCAUAGCAACUGGGCAGGGCUCCUGUGUAUGUGCUGGUAUGCUCAAGGGAUUAUGGCUGCCCUGUAUCAAACCUUCCCCAUUUUGUAGUCCUUCCUUCAUAGAGUAAAAUAAAAGUGGAACAGUGCAAAUCCGAUGUAUGGUUGAUUUUCUAUGGAUUUAUAACAGAAGCGUAGCGUAUGUAGUGUGUGAGUGUGAGUGUGUGAGUGUGAAGUUUGUACAAACUGAAUGAUUGGGGGGGGGUCCUGCGACAGUCCUAAGAAGACAAGGCAGAGCAGCCCUUUAACAGCUGGCAAUGCUUGUCCUUCCUUUGGGUCGGAGCUCUUGAACCCAUAGCACUUGGGGCCUCCUUUCUCUCUCUGCCAGCCAUUUGUGCUCUGGGCUGCCUCUUUCCAGCUCUGCCGAUGCCCUUUCAGGUCGCAGAACUGCAGAGAGAUGGCAGGAAUUUGGCCAGACGCCCCUCCUCUCUCACACACACACAAAUUGGGGCUGCCAGCUUCUGAGUCGCUCCCUCUGCUCGUCUCUUCUAGGUUCAGGCGCUUAAGGCGGCUGAUCAGCUGCAAGAAGGUGGCCCCCCUAGAAGGCCUGGAGCAGCCCGUGGUGUCGGAUGUGCUGGGAAUCCACAUCCCUUCCGUUGCGCUGCUUGACAAAGAUCAGUUUUAUCUCCUGGGGGUCAUCCAGGACUGCCAGGCAGCUCGGCUCAGGGGGCUCCGAACCCUGAAGUACUCCAAGGAGGAGACUGCCAAAGCCAUUCUGAACAUCCUUGGCCACUUGGAGUACUUCAGGGAUCGCCCCCUGAGCCUGGCCCUGGCCUUCGAGGCCCUCUUGCAAUUGAGUUUUAUGAGACCCCACUUCAGUCUCUCUAUGGUGAGUUCAAUCCUCCAUAGAACAACAGAGGCAGUUCUGGGGAGCGCAGAGGAGGACAAAGAGGAACUGAAGAGGCCAUUCCAAAGCCUGCUGGGGGGUCUCCUCCUAGAAGCCCCCAAUACUAGCACCCUUCUCCAGUUGCUUACUGACCUCCGAUAUUAUGCCCUUUUGGGGAGUGAAGACCAAAGGAAAUUAGCGGCCAGCAGUAUAUCCCUGCUGCUGGCCCUUUCACGAAGAUUCCCAAACCUAAGAAACACAGUAAUUCGGCCGGAGCUGGCGUGCUUCAGGAACCUUAAAGAAGAUGACAUCAUCAUUGAGGAGCUGUGA